AACUCCAUUAGUAUUUUGAUCAGGCUUUCGAUCUCUGGUUGCCAAACACCACCUAGUGAACAUUAAUCGCCGUUCAAUAUUCGAAUAUUUUCAACAAGUAUCAUUUCAUAUGUGACAGCUUAUUGCUUUCUGUAGGGAAUAUACUAGACACAAUUAAUUUUCCUUGUAUCUUGACUUUUGCGUUUCUAUCGUGGACAUAUGACAUAUGACUUCCGAUUACACGGAUACAUAAUACGUCAGACAGAAAAAUACGAUGUUAAAAUAAUUAUAAAUGGAAAUUUCAUAUUUAUACGAACUGCAUAAUCUUUAAUAUUUUACGUUUUCAAUGAAUGUCAUUGAUUUCUUAAGAUAGCUUUUUGACAUUUACGUUUACACAAAAUGUCAGUAAUUUCGUAAAAUUGUUUUUCUUUCCAUGCGAUAGUGUCGUCAGUGUCAGAGUUCUUCGAUAUGAGUGCCACAAGGGAACAAGCAGGGCCAUCCAAACCAUGGGAUUCUACUACAGAAGAAAAAGAAAAGGAUAAUCGAACUUUUGAAUGCAAUAUAUGUCUUGAUACUGCAAAAAAUGCUGUUAUCAGCAUGUGCGGUCAUUUAUUUUGUUGGCCUUGUUUGCAUCAAUGGUUAGAGACACGUCCAACAAGACAAAUGUGUCCUGUCUGUAAAGCUGCGAUCAGCAAGGAUAAAGUCAUUCCAUUAUAUGGACGUGGAGAUACAAAACAAGAAGAUCCAAGGAAUAAUGUUCCACCACGUCCUGCUGGGCAAAGAACAGAACCUGAAAAUAAUAUUGGAUUUUCUAGUUUUGGGUUUGGAGAAGGUUCUUACAUGUCAUUUGGUAUCGGAACAUUUCCAUUUGCAUUUUUAACAUCUACACUUAACUUUGGGGAAACACGACCAACCGCAGCUGCUAGAGGAACACCGCAGUAUGAAGAAGAACAAUUCCUUUCGAAAGUAUUUCUAUGGGUGGCUUUGAUAUUUGUUUGUUGGCUCUUGAUGGCAUAACAUUUUGUUAAACCAUAUUACUUGCUCCAUAUCUUGUAAUCCUACACCACUUGCUGAAUUGAUUCAUUACAUUUUUAUUAAUACAUCGAUCUUUCCUCGUUUGUGUAAUCGUUUGUUACUCGCUACAGUAACUAUACCUGCUUGAAUAAACAAACGGAUUUUGUCAGAGCUAUAAUAACACUUUUAUUUGUACGUAUACGCGUAUAUACACAUGUAUUUUAUUUGUACAUAAGUAUAUUCAAGCAGAUAGUUUUCUUGUUUUUAGGAUUUCUGAAACAUAUUAUUAUGAUAUUUAUGUAUAUAUCACCUUUAGAUACGUAAGAUAUAUCUACUCUAUGAAAAAAUUUACGAUUGGUUUAAGAAAAAAACCUAAUGAUUACAUUUAUUAUAUCAACGUGGACCUAUACGGUUUUUAUUAAUUAUUAAUAUAAAUAGUGUAUAUAUAAUCUAUAGUUUUUUAAACAGAUUAAUAACAAACGCAAAUUAAACAAAAUAAAAAUAAAUAUAUCGCUAUAUAAUAUGUAAUACUGUAAUAUAUCAUUAUUAUCAAUGAAAGUAUGUAUACUAGUAGUUUAUAAAUCUAGCUUAUUUAUUUUUCUGCUUUUAUUUGUAUUGCGGUUAUGGAAAUAGAAGGGAAGACAAUUACAAAACCGGAAAAUUAUGAUUAUAUAGUCAAAGAAGCCAAGUUUUUUGUAUUCUUAUUCAAUGAGUGACAAAUCAUUAUACUGAAUGGAUACCAACAUUCCAUAUACAGUAAUAUUGACACUGGAAAGUUGAUUGACUUGAAAGUGUAGCGUUUUUAAUUUAAUUUAAUAUCGUUGUCAUUCGUUAAAUAUAAUUCUUAUAAAUUUAAAUUAAAAUAAUUUUUAAAAAUCUAAUAUUGUAAACUGUCUUACAUGUUUAUUUAAUAUCUUGCUGCUAAAAUAAAUUAGAGGUGAAAAAAUGUAA